AUGUCGUGUACCGCUCCCGGAAACGGUUUUCAGUCCAACUCUACGGUGGCGACGAUGUUAGGACGGAGGAGAAUUCCGAUACACACAUCCUUCUAUUGGGGACACAGAGCGGUUAUAUUAUUCAAGUGCUGGCCCGGCGACAGCGCCGGCAUGUACGCGUUGGCGUUGAUUCUCGUUUUCGUCAUGGCGGUUUUGGUGGAGUGGCUUUCGUUUACUAACAUUGUGAAACUCAAACCUGGGGCAUCAAACGACGUUGUUGGGUCGCUUCUUAGGACGGGACUGUACGGUGUUCGUACUGGUUUCUCGUACUUGGUUAUGUUGGCAGUUAUGUCGUUUAAUGGUGGCGUGUUUCUCGCCGCAAUUUUCGGACAUGUUAUUGGGUUUAUGGUUUUUGGAACUAUGGCUAUUCUGAAGAAAUCGGGUGGGUUGGAUUCUGCCAAAUCGUAG